CAGUGCAGGAACAGAAAACAAACCCAUUGUCUGCAGCUGUGGUCAGCGUAGUGGGAAUUCUGUCGCCAGGCAACCAACGUGUACACACGAGUGCUAUACACCUGCUUUAUGUCAGUACUGUACGGGUAACUUGUAAAUAAUAUCAAGAUAACUAACAAUACUACUGUAAUUGAAAAUCAACAUGCUGCUGAAAUAUUUAGGCACCGUCAUGUCAGGACAGGAGUUUGAAAACAGGGUGGUCAGCAUAGCAUGGUCGCCGAACAAUUUGAAGUUAGCCGUGGCAUCUUCGGAUCGUUCCAUUUACCUUUUCGACGAGAACGGCGUAAAGCGCGACAGAUUUUCCACAAAGCCUGUUGAUCCUAAGUUUGGUAAGAAGAGCUACAUGGUGAAGGGAAUAGCCUUCUCUCCAGAAUCCACGAAGAUUGCGGUUGGCCAAACCGACUGCAUUGUAUACGUAUACAAAAUAGGAGAGGACUGGAGUGACAAGAAGGUGAUUUGCAACAAGUUCCGACAAAGUGCCGCGGUGACUUGUUUGAUCUGGCCAACCGACGGUCCGAUCAUCGUAGGAUUGGCGGAUGGAAAAGUCCGCGUGGCAAUGGUCAAGUCGCAGAAGGCGCAAACCUUGUAUACCUCCGACACCAUGACGAUAGCUUUGGCUAGCAACGUCCGUGGCAACGGCUUUUUGUCGAGCCACGCCGACGGCAGCAUCAUCCGAUAUUAUAUCGCCGAAGACGGUGGCGCGGAGCCAUCGGGACGCGUGUGCGUCCACGGAGUGCCCGCUUACGCCCUGGCGUGGCCGCAGUCGCACAUUUUGGCAGCUGGUUGCGACAAACGGCUGACUAUAUACGACCCGUACGGCAAGCCGGUCAAAACUUUCGACUUCAGCCGGGACUCCCAAGAGAGAGAGAUCACCGUGGCCUGUUGCAGCCCGAGUGGCCAGAGCGUCGCCGUAGGCUCCUGGGACAAAUUGCGUAUCUUCGAUUGGACGCCACGAAGAAGCGUUUGGGAAGAGACCAACGUGCGCGACCUGCCCAAUUUCUAUACCGUCACGGCACUCUCCUGGAGACGAGACGGCUCGAAAUUGAUAGUAGGGGGACUGUGCGGCGGCGUCGAACAGUUUGAGACUAUUUUGAGACGCACAGUAGUUCGUGGUAGUCACGAGGUGGCCUACGUGGGCCCCAGCCAAGUGGUGAUUCGGCCCCUGAACGACUCCUCGCAGCGUCCCAUCGUCAUCAGAUCGCAGACGGGUCUGGAGAUCGAAGACGUGCGCGUCCUGGGGCGCAGGGACAACAACGUGGUGGCUCGGACGGCGCACACUUUGUUGAUCGGCGACAUCGAACUGGGUCUGAUCAGCGAGAUCCCGUGGGAAGACCGGUCUGGCGGCGAGAAGUUCUUCUUCGAGUAUCCAGUCGUAUGCUUGAUCUUUUGCUCCGGCGAGCUGACGAUCGUCGAGUACGGCCAGAACGAAGCGCUCGGCUCCGUGCGCACCGAGGCGGUGAAUCCGCACGUGGUUAGCGUGCGCGUGAACGAGCGACCCACAGCUGGCGGGGACGAUAAUAAGAAGCUGGCCUAUCUGCUGGAUCCAAGAACUGUUCGCGUGAUCGAUCUGCUGUCCGGCGCGACCAUCAGCAUGAUCGUUCACGACGCUCGCGUCGACUGGUUGGAACUGAGCGAAGCAGGUCAUCGGCUGCUGUCGCGUGACAAGCGAGGCCGCCUUUGGCUGAGCGAUGACACGAGUGGCAGAGUCUUGUUGGUGACCGGGGCAUCCUUUGCCUCCUGGGUAACUGGUAGCGACGUUGUCGUCGCUCAGACGGCUCAAACAUUGGCCGUUUGGUACAACGUAGACGCACCAGAGGCGGUUACGCUGACGCCGAUCAAGGGCGACGUGGUUGACAUUGUCCGAGAGGAUGGUCGGACGUCCGUGAUGGUGGAGGAACACGGUGCUAAGGUGGCAUAUCCGUUGGAUGAAGGAUUGAUCGAAUUCGGCACCGCGUUGCACGACAAUGAUUUCGGCAGAGUCAUCCUGUUUCUGGAGAACAUGGGCGACGGUCCGCAAGUGGAGACCAUGUGGGAGAACGUCGCUACAAAUGCGAUGAACGAGAAGAAGCUCAUGAUAGCUGCCAGGUGCUACGCUGCGAUCGGCGACGUGGCUUGCGCGAGAUUUCUGAAGGAGACUGCCGAGAUUGGUGAAAAGUAUGCCGAGGAGACGGGUAACGAGCCACUGAGCAAUCCGGACUGCUGGGCCCGGCUGGCCAUACUGAAUGGUGAUCUAAAAACCGCCGAAGCGAUUUAUUUGGAGCAUAAUGAGCUAGACAAGGCGUUGGACAUGUAUCAACGCUACUGGCGCUGGGAGGAUGCCCUAAACCUGGCUCAGAGUCGUAACUGGAGUGGCUUGUCAGAAUUGCGGGACCGUCACUUAGCUUGGUUAUUGGACAGCGGUCAAGCGGCUCGCGCGGCUUCCAUCAUAGAGACUACGAAUCCCAGGAGGGCCGUCAAGCUUUAUCUGGAAGCUCGCCGACCUGGACGAGCCGCCAGAUUAAUACUUGCCGACAACGAGUUACUGGAGGACGAAAGAGUCGUCGAGGAGGUCAUUAGUGGCCUCAAGGCCACCGAUCUCGCCGAACUCGCUGGGGAACUGCUGGAGAAGACCGGCGCCGGUUCCGAGGCGAUCAAAUGUUAUGCGCAGGCCGGUGUCUUCGCGAGAGCCCUCGACCUAGCACGUAAAAUUGAUCCCACCUUGGUGGUUGAAUUAGAAAGGGAUUGGGGAAAACAUCUGUCGGCCAGUGGCCACUACGACGCCGCUAUCAAUCACUUCAUCGAGGCAGGAGAGACGGUACUAGCGUUAAAGGCCGCUAUUAAUGCGCGACAAUGGCGGAAAGCUUUGCAAAUUAUUCAGGUGAUCGAAGACGACAAUGAGGAAAUCCGCCAGCAAUGCGAAAAGCUGGGCGAAUACUUCUCAUCGAUCGGCGAACGGAGCUUGGCAGAAAGCCUGUUUAUUCGCGCCGAAAACGCCAAACGCGCAGUAGAUAUUCAUAUUCAGUCUGGUGACUGGAUGCGGGCGCACCAAGUGGCGCAAGAACACAUGAAGAGCGACGAGGCCAACCAGGUGCUGGCAAAGCACGCCGAAAACCUGCAUCAGACCGGCGAGCUCCGCCACGCCGAGUCUCUCUACGUGGCGAUCGGCGACCAUGAUGCGGCAAUUGCUAUGUACCGCAAAGCGGGAAACCGCAGUGACAUGAUCAGGCUGGUCUCACAGCACCGAUCUGACCUACUUCAAACUACUCAUAUGCAUCUGGCGAGAGAGCUAGAUACAGCCGGCAAGCCAAGGGAAGCCGAAGAACACUUCCUAGGUGCUGGUGAUUGGCGGGGGGCGGUUACAGCUUACAGAUCCGCGAACAUGUGGGAAGACGCACUGAGAGUCGCCAAAAAAGCUUCGGGAGAAAAAGCGGCACAGCAGGUCGCUUUAAUGUGGGCGCGAACAUUAGCCCCGGAACUAGGCGCAAGACUCCUGAUGCGACUGGGUUACCUGGAACCCUGCCUGCAACUGGCAUGCGAAGCCAGCCUGUUUGACUGGGCCCUGGAGAUCGCCAAAUACGGCACGAUAGACCAGAAGAAGGAGGUACACUACCGCUACGCAAUGGCGUUGGAGGACGAAGGUCGUUUCGCCGAGGCCGAGAAGGAAUUCGUGCAGGCCGGCAAGACUAUGGAAGCGGUACAGAUGUACAUCCACAGCCGCGACUGGGAGUCCGCUGAAGACGUUGCGCGAUCGCACAGCCAGGAAGCUGUGGCGCAGGUCUUGAUCGCCCGCGCCGCCGAGGCCGCCGAGGGCCAGGAUUACGCUACAGCGGAGACUCUUCUCCUGAGGGCCCACAAGCCGGAGAUAAUAAUAGAGCAUUACAAGACAGCCGGAAUGUGGUCCGAGGCACUGCGAGUAUGUCGAGAAUAUUUGCCCAGUCAGGAGGCGGCACUGCGCAGAGAGUUAGGUCAAAGGAGUGCAGGACUGGACGGAGCAAACGCAUUGGAGGAAGCUCGGAAAUGGCUCGACCUCGGGGAAGUACGACCUGCCUUGGACACCCUAAUAUUGAAUCCGCAGGCGCCGAGAUCGUAUCUUAUUCGUGCGGCUGACAUUCUUCUACAUCAGGCGGAUCCCGAAACGGCAGCGGAAGUCGGCGGUGACCUGGGUGCGCGCUUAUUUUCCGUUGGUGAAUAUGCGCUCGCUGCUCAGGUGUUCCUUCAAGCGGACCGACUGAAAGACGCGGUAAGUUCGUUAGUGUCGGUCGGCGAGUGGGAUCGUGCGCGACGAAUCGUCCGCGAGCUCGCUCCCGAUCUUGAGCCAUAUCUGGAGGAGAAAUAUCGAGACGCCAUGACGAACGAGGGUGAAAUGGAACGGCUGGCAGAAGUGGACGGUAACGCUGCCCUCGAGAUGAUGGCGCGCAAAGGUCAAUGGAGUCAAGUGUUCGACGCCGCAAGCUCGCAAAGUCCGGAGGUGCUGCACAGAUUUGUGGCACGGCGCGCCGCACAAUUGCUGAAGAACGACGCAGCGCCGCAAGCCUUGCAACUUUACGCGCAAUACGGCGCACCCGCGAUCUCGCAGAACUUCAAUCUGUAUUUGCAAUUGGCCGAGAGUAUCCUGAAUGCGACGCAGCAAGAAUACAGAUAUCUGGCACAACUCCGUGAUAUUUUACACGGUCUCUACCGUUCCUCACCAUCCUCCGAGAAAUUCGAGCGUCUUCUGGAGGCCGCUCACUUCUCGGCGGUAAAGCACGGCUGCCGUUCGUUUCCGACGCUCUCUGGCAUUGUGGUCAAAGCGUCGGUCAGUCUUCUGCGACACACCGACAUUCUUCACGCCGAUAGAUACUACUACGAAGCCGGUGUCGCUGCCCGUACCGCCGGUCUACUGAGCGAAGCCUUCGUUUUCCUGAACCAUUUUCUUGAUCUGGAGGAGUGUAUCGAGGAGCAAGGCGACGGCAACGUCUUAGACGUGGACGAUCUGCGUGUCACAGACUUUCCGUUAGAGGUCCCGCUUCCAGAAAAACUCGCUCUCACGACAGAUCAACGCGAGGAGGCGAGAGAAUGGGUGCUAGCGGUGUCUAUGGACCAAAAGAUCGAGCAAGGUCUACCGGUCGACCAGAGAGGCGUGUACGUGGGCUCUGUAACAUCGCCCGCAAACUCUGGCGCGCCUCUUCAGCAAUGCGUAAUCACGGGAUACCCUGUGCGCGGCCCGGUUAUCAGAUUUGACGAAACCAGCCGCGUGGCUGACCGCGACGACUGGACCAAAUUAAUGAAUACGGCCCGACAGGCAUCCCCGGAUUCUCCGCUAAACGACAUUUUAGUAUUUCUUCAAGACUGGUGCGGCACAGCACCCAAGUACUCGUUUUAAAAGAGGAAACUUCAAACUUUUUAGUCUUAAUUGGAAGUUAAUGAAGAUAGAACAUGAUAAAAAAAAUUAAGAAGAUUACAAAACUUUGGAAUGUAAGUGAUGGGGUAUUGUAUUGAUGUGCGCUUACACUCUUAAUUAGCUGUACGUAAUAACGUUCUUGGCAAUAUGUCUCAUUUUACUUACGAUUAGUCGAGAUCUGAAUUAUCUUCAGAAAGAGACUUAUAUCUCUUUAAUAAAAAUUAAUUAUUUC